AUGGUUCCACUUUGGUUGUAUGUAAGGAAAAGGCACUUCCUGUGUUUCAAUAGGAAUCUAAUAUUAUAAAUAGAGAAAAAUCAUUAUGGGGAAAAAUUCAAAAUAAGGGAGGUCAGUAAUUAUUUAUUUGGCAGACUAUAUAAAAAGAGAAUAUUCAAGAUGAAUAACAAUAAAAAGAUAUUGAAAUUCUAUGCUUUGACUCUAUUUAUCGCAAGUGUCAAAUCUUCAAUCAAUGAAUAGAAUGUAAGAAUGUUGCAUUAUAUACUAAUUAGAUGUAAAUCAAGAACACUUUACUUGUGAUUGUACGAAAAUUUGAUACUGUAUCGAUAGGAUUUUGA